AUGGGGAAGUCUACAUCACUGAAGGUUGUCUCAACGACUGCCAACAAGGUGGGCGGGUCCACACCCAAAUCGGUUGAUUUAGGUCAACCUAAGGACAGGGAUCCUACUGUCAACAAUGAUUCGGAGAUUCGAGAGCUGAUCGCAUCUCUCCCACCACUGAUCGACUUUGGGUUAUCUACUCACAAAUUGAUUGCUAUCAGGUACAACUAUAAUUCAACUAAGAUUUUGUUUGGCAACUCCACUUUCAAUCAAUGGAUGGAUAAUAAUAAUAAAUCUGAUGCAUUAAUCAUGUUAAAACUAUCUCAAGUUUCUAGAUUGCCGUUAACGGCUGUCAUGGCCAUUUACCAUACGGAG